UUUCAUCUUUUAUUAAUCGUUUUUUCAUUCCGAUGCGAUUCUUUGUUAGGGUUAGUGCUAGUUACACUUAGGGUUAAUUUUUCACCUACACGUUUAAAUUCUCUCCGUGUUUGAGUCUUUCUAAUGUUUUUCCAAACCUAGAGUUAAUGUUAUAUUGGGAAUAUUAUUGGUUUUUGAGAAGUGUGUGAAUAUUAUGAACAUUGUGACACAGAAACUUGCUAUCCAGUUUUGGGUGCUGAGUACAGUGACAUGAUUGGUGUGAGAUGGAUUGGUUGUUGAAAUUUCAUGUUCUAUACUGUUGGAAUUUUGGUUUUUAUAUUUUGAAGGGGAGGUGGGGGUUUGGCUAGGCUUAAGGAUGAUCUUGGAUGUGGUUGUGAUGUGGACAGGAGGAGGCAGUGGCUGAUUUUGUAGGUUGUGGUGGAGGUGGUUUUGCUGAUCCGUUGCGGUAGAAGUUAAGAAAGAAAAAAAAGUGAAAAUGAGUUCAGACAGCCGCAGCCGAAGCCGAAGCAGGAGUAGGAGUCGUAGCCCUGGGAUCCGUAGGAUUCGCUCUGAUCGACAUUCCUAUCGCGAUGCUCCUUACCGGAGAGAUUCAAGUCGGGGUUUCAGCCGGGACAAUUUGUGCAAGAACUGCAAGAGGCCUGGUCACUAUGCUAGAGAAUGUCCUAAUGUUGCAGUUUGCCACAAUUGUGGCCUUCCUGGGCACAUUUCAUCUGAAUGCUCCACAAAAUCUGUGUGCUGGAAUUGCAAAGAACCUGGCCACAUGGCCAGCAGUUGUCCAAAUGAAGGAAUUUGCCACACCUGUGGUAAAACUGGCCACCGUGCUAGGGAGUGCUCAGCUCCAGCAAUGCCUCCAGGGGACUUAAGGUUGUGCCAUAACUGCUAUAAGCAGGGUCACAUUGCUGUUGAAUGUACGAAUGAGAAGGCUUGCAAUAACUGUAGGAAAACAGGGCACUUGGCACGUGAUUGUCCAAAUGACCCAAUUUGCAACGUGUGCAAUGUUUCUGGACAUGUGGCUAGACAAUGUCCAAAAUCAAACAUUAUUGGAGAUCACAGUGGCAGAGGCAGCUUCCGUGGUGCUGGUGGAGCCGGUGGUGGUGGUGGUUACCGCGAUGUUGUGUGCCGGAACUGUCAACAGUUGGGUCAUAUGAGCCGUGACUGCAUGGGCCCCUUGAUGAUUUGUCACAAUUGUGGAGGCCGUGGUCACUUGGCAUAUGAGUGUCCUUCAGGUCGCUUUGUGGAUCGCUACCCUAGUGAUCGCUACCAUAGUAGGAGAUACUAAUGGAUUACAGGUUAUGGAUUAUGGUUAUAACUUAUAUCAUUGUUUUUCUAUGAUUAUUUGGUUGAGGACUGAUUGUUGAAUAUUGAUAGUGUACGUGUUUGCUCUUACUUUGAACUCGGUAGAGUCACGACGAUGAUCAUAUCAUGAUGCCAGUGUAUUGGCUUUAAGUGCUUAUGAUUGUGCUUGAGCUUGGAAUAAGAUUUUGCUGUUUGUAAGAGACCUGGUUUUUGCCAUGCAUCAUACUGCUACCUUAAUAAGUUUACUAUGGUGAAGUUUAUUAUGUGUUA